AUGAAUGGAAGCUUGUGCAAGAUUGAUCCACCGCCACAAUCACCUGCUUAUGCCAUUAUUUGCAAAAAAGUCCAACCCACUACCAACAUCCAGAAAAACGACGAGCGCACGACACGUGUCUUGACACCAUGGAUUGGACUUCCACACUUCGAGACGACAUUGAUGUCAUCCAGCAGAUCAUCGCAAAGAGUACCUUCCAAGGAUCCACAGGUGGCCUCGAACCUCUUUCCGCCAGUCUUGGUCGGGCACAUCAACAGCCCACCUCAGCCGUCGACCUUCAAAGAAGGAGUAAGUCGAGCGAGGCACCUUUCCGCCAACAUUGGCCAUCCUCUGACAUCAAAUUUAGAUCAGCAAGAUGCAGCACGCGACAAAGCACCGAUGUACCUGAAGCAAGAAGAGAACGCCGUUGCUCAAGAAUCUUCAGCUCACCAAGUCUUGCGAGAUGCCCUUCCAAAGAUGCAUGCCUUGCUCGAUCUUUUCGCUCAGGCGUAUGAGGAGCACAAUCUAGCAAAGGCUGAAGAUCUUCGCAAGCGACUGAACUGGGCGAUUGACCAGAACGGAAAAUGA